UUUAAGAACUACAAACAGUUUGCGCACUUUGCGUAAGGCAACGCUCAUCCCUCGCGCAUUCAAUUUCCACCUUCCUCAACCGCUCCUUGACAUUUCCUGAUCUCCGCCACCUCUCCACCUCUCCUUUCUUCGUUUUUCUCACUCUUGCUUUAGUUUUUACUGACUACUAUGACGGACAAGAUCCCCAGACUCCUCCGUUCGACGGUCUACUCCUCCGGCGAUAUUCACCGCCCACCAAAUCCAACCCCCUCGCCUCAUCGUCGAACCCGAGUUUCCCUUCAAAAGCCAAAGCGCCGAAAGCCUCGUAUCCGGAUUCUAUCCCGUUCGGCCUCCGAGCCGAUCCUGCGGACCGUACAGAUGUUCAUCCCUGGCAAUGAAGAAGGAAAAAAUGUACAAGUGGGUACAAGCAUGCAUGAAGAACCGCUUGGGAUAAACGAAAACCCCAUGUUCCCUCGCUACCACACCUGCACGGAUGUCUUCUCCCCGUUUCUGUGCCCCGGAUCAACAUUGGACACGACUCGCGACUCCAUUGAGGUUGUUGACUUGGGGGCGCAGGAGGCGAAGGUUGUGGUGAGCGUGGCCGUAGAGCGGAGCCCAGGGCCGGUGAAUGCGAUGGUACGGCUUGGGGCCAGCGUGGAGGAGGUAAUUGAAGUUAUCGUUAAGAAAUACUGUCGCGAGGGCCGGAGUCCGCAGCUAGAUCGUGAUAGCACGGCUUCGUUCGAGCUCCACUAUUCCCACUUCUGCCUUCAAAGUUUGAAGAAGAGUGACAAGAUUGGAGAAAUAGGCGGCAGGAGCUUCUAUCUCUGCACUAACAGCGGCCGGCGUAGCUUUACCUUUGGAAGGGAAACAAACGAUUCUGGCAACUCCACUGAUCAAGGCAGUCAGAUUGUUCUUGCGUCACAAAGCGGGAAUCAACUGGUGCUUUCUCAGAUCUUCUUCUCGAUUGUUUCUAAGAAAUUAAAGAAAAUUGAGAGGCGAACGAAGAAGUUUUGGAAAGUGGUUACCCGUAUUAUCUGCAUGUGAUGCUUCAUUUCCAAAUUCUGAGAUGUAUAUUGUUACUAUUUUUUUCAUUCUUUCGUUGCAUGAUGAGCCAUUGCUUCUACCUUGAUGGCUUUCUAACAAAGAAGUGUUGGUCUCGAGAAAUUAUUCUACGUCGUCCGGAGACAAAUCAAAAUGAGGCACGUCGGUACUGCGGCUCGGUAUUGUUCGGUAUUGUUGACGUGACUCAUUCUAUUUGGUAUCCGGAUGUAGAGCUACGCGUGGAGUCCGCACAGAAUAAUUUCUUGGUUGGUCUCAUACCUCUCUCAUCGUUGGUGUACGCAAAGAGGAAGAGACUUUUGUGAUUGAUGUAAAGUUAUUUGUACUAAUGAUGUCAAAUUCAGAAGGAAGAGAGAGGUUUGAUGAA